GUCGAACUCGUCGUGUUGGCGUCGCGUCCCUCUUGUCCAGCACGUUGCCGGUGAUUCUACUCAUCCUGCUGCUAUAGUCGGCCGGCUUUAUACCUGCUGAAAUACCUCUACCUCUAACGGACUAUCAUGGCAUUCUCUGGCGGCUCCUCAAUCUUUGGUGCAAAGCCAGCUAAUCAGACUGGAUUCGGGCAACCCAAUACAUCAAAUACUCAAGGAUCCUUGUUUGGUAAUGCCAACGCCAACCCACAGCCGCAAACGCAGAAUAUAGGCCUGUUUGGCUCGCAGCCCCAGACGCAGAACCAAGCUCCUGCAGCAGGGAACUCUCUCUUUGGGACGCCACUAGGCCAGAACCCAAACCAGCAGCAGGGACAGAACCAACCUGCACAGGGCACGUCCUUGUUUGGAAGUGGCAACUUUGGGCAGGCGCAGCAACCAGCGCAACAAGGGGGUCAGUCGACGGGGCUGUUCGGGCAGACGAAUACACAGCAGCAAGCACCGUCCAUCGGUCUGUUCGGACAAUCAAAUACGAACACAGCGCAGCCAGCGCCUUCAGGAGGCAUGUUCGGACAGCCGAACGCGAAUCCUCAGCAGCAAGCUCCGUCGGGAGGCCUCUUCGGACAACCUUCAACGAAUACACAGCAGGGUAGCACGCUGGGUUCGUCCCUAUUCGGCAACACUCAGAAUCAGCAGAACAACCAACCUCAACAACAACAAAGCUCCUUUCUCGGCGGCUUUGGUUCAAGUACCACUGGCCCGACGCUAGGUCAAUCGACAGGACUGGGUGCGUUCGGCGGUACGAAACCUGGUGGUGGCUUUAGUGCAUCUACAUUAGGUACAUUUACUUUGAUUACGAAUACGCCAGCUGAAAACUCACUGUCUUCGAAACUGGCUGCUAAAGGAACAUCUUUGUCAACAGCUCAGGCACCUGGCCAGCCUCCUUUUACGAAAUCAACGAAGUUUAACGACUUGCCUGAUAACGUAAAGAGAACAUUCGAACAAAUUGAUACGUUCAUACAGGGUCGGGUGCAGAUCAGCAAUGACUUGAAGCAACGGAAGCUGGGCGAGGAGACCACGAAGGGCCAGGACGAUGUUCGCGCGGUGCACAAAGAACUCGUUAAUGCUAUCACGACUCUCCAUUCCGACGUCAUGCACAUGCGAGACUUGAAGGCGAAGGUGAAUCAAACCGUGCAGGAUACCAUCGUCGCAACACACCUCGUCGAUGGCUUCCGCAAUCCGCAACAAUACGGCGCCUACCUGAAGAGCCACGCGAACUUCCCAAUGGAAUUCUUCAUGCGUGUGACAGAACAGAUGCAAAUUGAGCGGAAACUGUCGUCUGCCGCCGCGCAAUCACAACAGACCCCACAGUCUAUCACCUCUACGCUAGAGAUGCUCUACACCCAGUUGUGGCGCGCGAAGACGGGCAGCAUGCGUGAUCCGUUCAAUGAGCUCGACAGAGGUAGCACCGCCGACUUCGGGUUGGAGAGCAUCCACGCGUGAGAUUGGAUUGAAUUGGGAGGCGGCUUCCGCAGUAUUGUAUUGGUAUUCACGAGCACUCCUCGAGGAUUUCUCACUCUGCCCGGACUCCCGCAGUGACUCCAGUCAUAGUGCGGCACAGAUCUCCUGCAAUGUUGAGGUCUCUCGGACGCCGGUGUUCGCGGAUCAGACCUUGGAAUAUCGAUUGGACCGAGAACAGACGCAUCGUUCAAACGCGGAGCCCCACUGGCAGUCGCCCGUCCUUGUCGGAGAUACUUAUUACAUACCGAUGCCCAGCAUAUGCAAGUCUUACUUGAACAUUCCAAGAGUGG